UGUUUACUGAAUAUUUCCUCUUCAGUCUCUGUGGGGAGCAGGCUAGGCUACUAACUCUGUACUAGACAGUUCAAUUAUGUAUAAAAGCUUCAGAAACAAUGAAAAAUUGGACUGCAGAAACAUUAAAGGACAGCCAGAGCUUUGGAAGUUUUGGCAAAUCUGGUGGAAAAGAAACUCAUCCAUAUGAUUGUUGUUCACAACCAUUUGGGAAGCCUAAUCUCAGCCUUUAUCAGAUAAUCUCAAGACCACUGAAGAAAUGUAAUAUUAUUGUUAAGAAUUUUUUAAAGGGACCCUCUCGGAUUACCACCUUGGAAACAAGCCAGUCUCCAUCUCUGGAUGAGUGUAAAGUCAUAAUCAGAGAACUGGCCACAGAGCUACAUCGGAUAUCAAAGUAUCAAGAUAACUUCACCUCCAGCCACGAGGAUGGCUACAGCCUGGCAGAGUGUCAACAGUUCAUCCUACAAUGGGCGGAGGAGUUGAGCAUCUUACCGAAGAUAUCCGUGGGGCAAAGCAGGAGCUCACCAAAGGCCCUGCGUACCUGCUGGGAGGACUAUGAGGUAGAGGAGAGAACAUCUCCAAAAGAGGCUGAGAGAAGACUGGCAGAAGCUCAGCACAUCGUCUCAGAAUGGGCUGCAGGACUGCAAUCACGAAAACAGGACUCAGUGUGUCCAGGAGAGGAUGUGUGUUCAGUCCUGCAGGACCUGGAGGGACAGUGGAAGAGAGGGAAGCUACCCAACAUGCUCCCUGUCAUGGACUUCCUCAUCUGGACUGUGUUACAGGAACAGCCUCAAGAGGGCUCCAUCCCAGAGCUGUGGCUCAAAUCCAAGCAGAGGUUCAAACAUUCAGCCUUCACCACAGUGAUUCCUGAACCAGUAUGGGACUGGAUAAGCAAAGCAUCAGUUGACAUUCUCUUGGACCCUAAAUCAGCCAAUCCAGAUUUCAUAGUGUCCAACAAUCAGAAACGUGUGAGAGUGGGAAAAAUAAUAGAGAGUAAAAAUGAUCCUAGAGACGGAUACGGUCACUACCGCGCAUCUCACAAGUAUGAUGGGUGGUGGUGUGCACUGGGAACGCAGGGCUUUACCAAGGGUAGGCAUUACUGGGAGGUGGGGGUGGAAGGAAAGACAGACUGGAGGAUAGGGAUAACCAGGGAGUCUGCACCAAGAAGAGGCUUCGUUGAACUGAACACGUCAACAGGUUACUGGACACUUCGGAUGCAGGUCAAUGGGCUGAAGGCUCUAACGGUUCCGGCUGUCGAUAUCAAGAUUCCAGAACAUCUCAAGAAGAUCGGGGUCUACCUUGACAUUGAGGAGGGGCAGCUCUCCUUUUAUGAUGUUGUAGCACGCAGUCAUAUCUACACCUUCAAUGACACGUUUUCUGAACAGGUUUAUCCAGUCUUUGGCACAGUAGAGACAGACAGAGACCUUAUCAUACUGUAGUACACAGCUAAAUGGAAAAGAAAAGUCACAGAAGUUAUUGAGGAUGUCUCAUGACUAAGAACCACACUAGACCACAGGCCUUCAUUUAGUCUAAGUGAUGACAUUACCCUAUUUUUAACAGGGACAUUUGGGGAAAUUACUCCGCCCACUUGCUUUACGACGGUACCAAUUAUGCCAAAAAACACAGCUAAUUCCAUACACGGUGUAUACAAUAUUUAGUAACUUUGUUCUGAACAUGUUCUCUUCCGUCCCCAAGCACAACAGUAAUCCAUAAUGGUGACCAUGUCCUAUCCUUACUCCAGUUAUACUGUAGCAAUUUGAUUUCUAUCUUUCUUUUUUUAUGACUUGGGAAAAGCUUUACUUUGUGAAUUUAUUGAUAAGGUGACAUUAGAUGUUUACUAUGAUUUCAUCAGUUGAGGUUAGCUACAAAAAUAAUAUUUAUUUUUUCAUACUUCCUCAAUGAGUUUGUACAGGACUGACGACGCUAUAGAGGCUAAAAUCUGUUUCUUUUUUUGUUUUGCACUUAGCACUUUGCACUUUCUGUUAUUCUUUCAGGUAUGGAUUGAACGGAGUAUAUUUUAGUAUCUUGGCUUCCUUGGUUUGAUAUUUUAUUUCAGCUCAUGAAACAUGGGACCAACAUGUUGCCUUUAUAUUGUUGUUCAAACAGACCAUUUGAAGAAUUAAAUUCAAGACAAUUCAUGAG